AGGCUGCUUUUGAAAGAAAACAAGAGCAGUUAUAAAGCUGACUUUCUCAAGAACUACAUGCCCCUUUAUUCUAGGAAGCAGCCAAAAGAACAAGAGGCCACUGAAGACAAAACUUUCUGCAAAUGCCUGCACACGGUGAUGUUCGCAGGCAUCUGUUAGAAGGAGAGAAUGCUCUUCGUUACAGGACUUCUGUGCACCUGUUGACACCCUAACAUGAUUUUCAGCUGAAGAACUGCGAAGUCCUGGAUUUUUUCACCGUCGACCCAAGGAAACUUUGCACGUCAGUAAUUUUUCUAUUUAUCACGAAGAAGAAGAAGAAGAAAGUGGGAACCCCCUUUGGAAGAAACAUAAAAUCUGUGAAGUUUGAACAAGCAGGCUUCCCAAGAUGUACCGAAUAUCUCAACUGAUGUCAACACCAGUGGCAAGUAAAUGUUCUUCUGGCUCUGAGAGAAGAUAUACUGGAGAGCUGUCUCCCACAUGUGUUUUCCCAAGUUUUGCCUGUGAUUUCCUGGAUGGUGACACUUCCUUCAAAUGCUGCUCUGUAGAUCUCCUAACAGCCUCCCACUUUGCCUGUCGCCGAAGUCCCAGACUCCUCUCCAAUGGAUACUACACUUGGACAGAAGACAGUUUCCUCUAUGACAAAGAUGGCAACAUAACUCUGAGCCCACCCCAGACCAGUGUUCUUUACAAGGAGAAUUUAGUGAGAAUAUUUAGAAAGAAAAAGAGAGUCCACCGUUCCUUUUCUAAUCUCUUCAGCCUCAGGACCUCUAAAUCCUGGCUGCACGGAAACAUCUUCGGUGAUGUUGACUCUUCCUUAAGUGAGGACACCUGGUUAGAGGGGGUCAGGAGGCUGGACAUGGAGCAUUGCAGUGAAACUGGGUUUCACAACCUCAGCAUUGCUGACACUUGGGACUGGACGAUCCUUCACUGCGGGGAUUCUGACUGUUCCCUGACUGAUGCCUGGGAGUCGGAACAGCCGAAUGUAGCCCCCUCCUCUAGCCAUGCCAUGUCUCAGAUUCCACGACAGAACUCCCACGAUGGGGCUCUUCAGUCUCAUGUGAUGGCUUCUGAACAUUUCCCAGGGAACAUUUUGGAUCGUGCAAAAGCCAGUCUGUGGCAAGAUGUCUCCUUUCCAGCAAUUCUGCUGGCUGUGUUCCUCAUCAUCUGUGCAUGUGCAAGAUGGUUUCUGGAAGGAAUAUUAGUCAGUGUCUUCACAUGUUCACUGGUGGUGAUUCUUGCCUGUUUGCCAAAAUUUGACAGCCACUUAAGAAUGUCUCUGAUGAAUGCCUUCAAUCUGAAUAUCCAGAAAUUGUCUGAUUUGCAGUCUGCUUGGAAUCAACUGUUUUAUUGGAGGAGAAUGAGGAGCUGGAUAAUUGAGAAAAAAAUAUUUUAAUUUGGUUAUGUGUUUUAAAAAAAAAUCUCAUUUGUGUCCUCGUAACUGUAAUGUGCUCAUGAAAAUAGUAUUAAUUUGUGUUUCCUUUGCAACACUAGCAGUUGAAAAGGACAGACUAGAAACUGUGAUAGAGAAACAACCACCUGGGUAGAUAUUCCUCUCUUAUUCCCUGACGCAUGGUUUUCAAACAUUAAUUUCCAUUUAGAGACUUCCGUGAGGCACUUGUAACAAUGCAGAUUCCUGGGCCUGCCCGCAAACGCCUCUUCCUUGCUGAAGUGCUUUAAUCGAAUAAUGUAAGCAAGUCUCUGUAAUCAAUACCAACUUGAAAAUAAAUAGAUCACAGUUUGAGCAUAAAAUACAAUGUAGAAAAAAAUUCACCAUUCUCCCCGAAGAGUGGCUGGGUGGGGGUCGGUGUCAGCAGAUGCAGGUUAAUGGAAAAUGGGCAUAAAAGAGGUUUUCUUUGGGAAAGCACAUUCUUCUUUUGAGCCAUUUUCUUACAAAGUUUUCAGUCUUCUUGAGCUCAUGAUUACCUUUCACUUAAGAGCGAUUAAAAUAAAGAUAUAAGAGGGGGCGCCUGGGUGGCUCAGUAGGUUAAGCCACUGCCUUCAGCUCAGGUCAUGAUCUCAGGGUCCUAGGAUCGAGCCCCACAUCAGGCUCUCUGCUCAGCAGGGAACCUGCUUCCCCCACCCUCUCUGCCUGCUUAUGAUCUCUGUCUCUCUCUGUCAAAUAAAUAAAAAUUAAACCUUAAAAAAAUAAAGAUAUAAAAGAAAAAAAUCUUUAAGGCCCCCCCCCCAAAGACAAAAUAUCAAAGUGCCUUGAAAUGUAUAAAAAUGAAAUGCAUAAAAAAUGCAGUCGCUCAGCUGGGUGAAGGGACAUAGAAGUAUAGAAGAUGCUCCCUAUCAUUGCUCUUGCUUGGAAUAUGUUCUUGAGGCAAACGUAGCCUGCAGUUCAAAGUUGUUAUGUAGGGUAUUCUCCAGCUCUCCACCUGUGUGGAGAAAAUUGUCUUUGCUUAAAAUGGUAAUAUUACAAUAUCACUCUUUGUAUUAUUUGUAUUUAGUGAAUUUGAUUUUAAAAAGUACUGUACUACUAAAUAAAUGAAGUCGUCAGCAAAGUA